CCGAAUUCUCUCCCGGAAAUGACCGUGAUCCCUAGCCCGGGGCGGCUCGCGGCUGGUGGGCAGGUUCGGCAUGCUACUCCUCGCCAACGCCGGUGCCAGGCCGUUGCGCGCUGCGGCGCGAGCGGUCAGUCCCUGCCUUUGGGGAGGAAAACACUUCAGCUCCGGGAAAGAGCCGGUAGAAAACAGCCCGGCGACUCCGAUGCUGCAGCAUCUUGUGUACAAAAUCAAGUCGACGGGCCCCAUCACUGUGGCCGAGUACAUGAAGGAGGUCUUGACCAACCCAGUUAAGGGAUAUUAUGUGCACCGUGACAUGCUAGGAGAAAAAGGAGAUUUCAUUACUUCACCUGAAAUAAGUCAGAUCUUCGGGGAGCUGCUAGGGAUAUGGUUUAUUAGCGAAUGGAUGGCCACUGGGAAAAGUGCAACUUUCCAGCUGGUGGAACUGGGUCCAGGUCGGGGUACCCUUGCAGGAGAUAUUUUGAGGGUGUUUAGUCAGCUUGGAUCUGUGCUGAAAAAGUGUGACAUUUCAAUACAUCUAGUAGAGGUGAGCCAAAAAUUAAGUGAGAUUCAAGCAUUAACUCUGACCGAAGAGAAGGUCCCAUUAGAGCGAGAUGCUGGAUCCCCAGUAUACAUGAAAAGUGUUACUAAGUCUGGGAUUCCAAUUUCCUGGUACCGAGAUCUGCAGGAUGUUCCAAAAGAGCACAGCUUUUAUGUUGCACAUGAAUUUUUUGACGUCCUUCCUGUGCAUAAGUUUCAGAAAACCCCACAAGGAUGGCGAGAAGUACUCAUUGAUAUUGAUCCACAAGUUUCUGAUAAACUGAGGUUUGUUUUGGCGCCUUGUGCCACCCCAGCAGAAGCCUUCAUACAGCAUGAUGAGACAAGGGAUCAUGUGGAAGUGUGUCCCGAGGCUGGUGUUAUUAUUCAGGAACUUUCUCAACGCAUUGCUCUUACUGGAGGUGCUGCCCUGAUUGCUGAUUACGGUCAUGAUGGGACUAAGACAGAUACCUUCAGAGGGUUUUGUGGCCACAAGCUUCAUGAUGUCUUAAUUGCCCCAGGAACAGCAGACCUAACAGCUGACGUGGACUUCAGUUUUUUGCGCAGAAUGGCACAGGGAACAGUGGCUUCUCUGGGUCCAAUAAAACAACAAACGUUUUUAAAAAAUAUGGGCAUUGAUGUCCGGCUAAAGAUUCUUCUAGAUAAAUCCACUGAGCCAUCACUGAGGCAGCAGUUACUUCAGGGGUAUGAUAUGUUAAUGAAUCCUAAGAAGAUGGGAGAACGAUUUAACUUUUUUGCCUUGCUGCCUCAUCAGAGACUUCAUGCUAGAAGCCAUGAGUUAAAUGCAAAUCAGUCAAAACCUUCUCCAUCACCUGUGGCUGGAUUUAGUGAACUUACUUGGCAGUGAUAUUUCAGUUUGGACUUUUAGUCCCCAAGUAUACCUAAGAAACUAAAAUAAAGGAAACGAAUUUCAUAUA